CGCGUCUUCACGGAAGCAACUCCUUUUCCCUUUCAUUCACACUCUCUUUCUCCGAAACGUGCAGGGAUCUAGCUCUUGUCCCAACGUCCAAGCCAGAUUUGUGCGAGGCAUUGUGAGACUGAAGCAAUUAUGUCUUUUUCUAAAGGGUUUCUUAGAAAACCAGCCAUUCAAGGUCCUCUUUUUGGGAAUACAUGAUAAGGGGGAAGGUCUUCAUUUGAAGAUCAAGAAUUCUUGUCAAUCUUUUAUGUUGGAGAAUCUGAGGAUGAGGGUUUCUUGGACUGGGAAUGAGAAAAAUUGAACUGGGAAAGAUUGUUUGUUGGAUCCCAAUCCCAUGAUGUCAAUGAACAUGGAGAAGAAAUGGGUAUUCCCUCUAGUGAUCAGCUCUCUCAUGUGUAUAUUCCUUCUUGCAACUUCCUUCAAUAUGGGUCUUGUCUCUAAAGUUCGCAGAAUCAAUUCCAUCUUCUCACUUUUCCCAUCCAGUAUGUCAAUAAACGAAAGAAAGCCAAGUUAUGUUGAAUCGAAGAUCAAUCAAUCUCCGCCCCUUCCUGUUCCUGCAGUUCCACGUUUUGCUUACUUAGUUUCUGGGUCAAAAGGUGACCUGGAAAAACUUUGGAGAACUCUUCACGCGCUGUAUCAUCCACGGAACCAAUAUGUUGUGCAUUUGGACCUUGAGUCACCAGCUGAGGAAAGAAUGGAACUUUUUUCCCGAAUUAGAAACAACACAAUGUUCUCCAAAGUUGGGAACGUUUACAUGAUCACUAAGGCUAAUUUGGUUACUUAUACAGGACCAACAAUGGUUGCCAACACUCUUCAUGCUUGUGCCAAUCUUAUCAAGAGAAGUGCAGAGUGGGAUUGGUUUAUCAAUCUCAGUGCCUCAGAUUAUCCUCUUGUGACGCAAGAUGAUCUUCUUUAUACAUUUUCAAGAUUAAAUCGGGACCUUAAUUUUGUUGAGCAUACAAGCGAGCUGGGUUGGAAAGCAGACAAAAGAGCGAUGCCAUUGAUGAUUGAUCCUGGCCUCUAUAUGUCGACCAAAUCAGAUGUAUUUUGGGUUACACCGAGGAGAACAUUACCAACAGCAUUCAAAUUAUUUACUGGUUCAGCAUGGAUGGUCCUGUCACGGUCAUUUGUGGAGUAUUGUGUGUGGGGUUGGGAUAAUCUACCAAGAACCCUCCUCAUGUACUACACAAAUUUUGUGUCUUCCCCAGAAGGAUAUUUUCAGACAGUCAUAUGCAAUGCUCCAGAGUUCUCUCGGACUGUUGCAAAUCAUGAUUUGCAUUAUAUCUCUUGGGAUAUACCCCCUAAACAGCACCCACAUGUCCUUUCCCUUAAUGACACGAACAAGAUGAUUGCAAGUAAUGCUGCCUUUGCUCGGAAGUUCAAACAAGAUGACCCAGUCUUGGAUAAGAUUGAUGAGGAAUUACUUGGUCGACAGAAGCAAAGCUUCACUCCUGGUGGUUGGUGCUCUGGUAUGCCAAAGUGUUCCGAGGUUGGGGACCAAACCAGGAUCAUGCCAGGUCCAGGAGCUCAAAGGCUCAGCAAUCUUGUAGCUAGGCUAGCCGCAAGAGCAAAUCUUGGUGAAGAUCAGUGUAAAUAGAUUUCAUGAUUCACAGAAUACUAUUUUUUUGGGCCAGGUAAUAGAUGGGAAAAUCGUUUCUGGUGGAAACAUUUUUUAUGAGGGGAGUUGCUCCCACCAUGAACACAGGAUAAGUAAAGGUGUCCUACCCCUAAAAGAAUAGGAAUUCAAAAUUUUAGUUAUUUUAGAAGGUCCAGGGUGGUACACAAUACCCUUCUUCUGAUAGGUCUUAAUCAUACUUCCACAACUUUCUACAGGAAAUAAUUCAGAUAUAUUGUAUCACACACAGAGACAUUGAUAUUUUGAGGAUUAUGUUGGUCUCCUCUGAAAACAUUUAUAUAGUUCCAUAGCAUUGAGGGCUGGUUAUCUUUUUCGUUUUCUUUGUAUAAUCCUUUAUAGAGAAGUUUGAUCUUGCUGUGCUCUGCUCUGCGCUUUUGCUGUUGAUCCAAUGCCUAGCAAAGAAGGUAGAAAUGAAGAAAAUGGUUUAGGAGAUCAGUUUUGCUGUCGCUGUUGGUCCAAUGGUUUAGGAAAUGAAUGUUCCAUUUGGUGCAUCUGAAAUUCUGAAUCAAUCUAACAUUUGAUACAUUCUUCCCACCCUGCAGCGUAUGUCCUCUGUUUUGGGCUAUGGUUUUAGUUCCAUGUCAUAAUCGAGAAGGCCCCUAAAACUAGGCUUUCUUGCAACCACCACCUGCCCUACCCUUCAUGUCACCUUUAAGAAGAGAGACAAGGACCACUCAACUAUCAUCCUGAGUUCCUGAGAGAUCACUCCACUGUGGUUGGAUGCUGCCAGAUGACCAUCCUAGAUUCUAGUACCUAACCAUCACCAAUGUAG